AUGGCGUCCCUGGCGCAGCACGUCGCGGGCCUCCCGUGCCCCCCUCUAUCCGGCGCGUCGCGCCGUCGCCCCGCGGCGCAGAGGCGGCCUCCGUCAGCGCUGGUUUGCGGGACCUACGCGCUGACCAAGGACGAGCGGGAGCGGGAGCGGAUGCGCCAGCUGUUCGAUGACGCCUCCGAGCGCUGCCGCACCGCGCCCAUGGAUGGCGUCGCCUUCUCCCCCGACGACCUCGACACCGCGGUCGAGUCCACCGACAUAGACACCGAGAUCGGCUCGCUCAUUAAAGGAACAGUAUUUAUGACUACCUCAAAUGGUGCAUAUAUCGACAUCCAAUCGAAGUCUACUGCUUUUUUGCCCUUAGAUGAGGCAUGCCUUCUUGAUAUCGAUAAUGUUGAAGAGGCAGGCAUUCGCCCUGGGUUAGUAGAAGAAUUCAUGAUAAUUGAUGAGAACCCUGGUGACGAAACUUUGAUUCUGAGUUUGCAAGCAAUUCAGCAAGAACUUGCAUGGGAAAGGUGCCGGCAACUACAGGCCGAAGAUGUCGUCGUCACGGGUAAAGUAAUUGGUGGAAACAAAGGAGGUGUAGUAGCUCUUGUGGAAGGGCUUAAGGGAUUCGUUCCAUUUUCACAAGUGUCAUCGAAAACAACUGCUGAAGAGUUGCUUGACAAAGAAUUGCCUCUAAAGUAUGUAGAGGUUGAUGAGGAACAAGGCAGGCUUGUCCUCAGUAAUCGCAAGGCAAUGGCAGAUAGUCAGGCCCAGCUUGGUAUUGGCUCAGUUGUCUUGGGAACCGUUGAGAGCCUAAAACCUUAUGGUGCCUUCAUUGAUAUCGGUGGAAUAAAUGGCCUUCUCCAUGUCAGCCAGAUUAGUCAUGACCGUGUUGCAGAUAUCUCAACAGUUCUGCAACCAGGAGAUACCCUCAAGGUUAUGAUACUGAGCCAUGACCGUGAAAGAGGCCGAGUCAGCCUUUCUACAAAGAAGCUUGAGCCAACACCUGGUGACAUGAUCCGUAAUCCCAAGCUUGUCUUUGAGAAGGCUGAUGAGAUGGCUCAGAUAUUCAGGCAGCGAAUAGCUCAAGCAGAGGCAAUGGCUCGUGCUGACAUGUUGAGAUUCCAGCCAGAGAGUGGAUUGACCCUCAGUUCAGAGGGCAUCUUAGGACCAUUGUCGUCGGAUGCACCUUCAGAGGAUUCUGAACCCACAGAUGAAUAG